GGCGGCGGCGGCGCCGCCCGGGGCGGCGAGGCCGGGGCUUUGGACGGCCGGAAACCAUGUUCGGCUCCAGCCGGGGCGGUGUGCGCGGCGGGCAGGACCAGUUCAGCUGGGAGGACGUGAAGACCGACAAGCAGAGAGAGAACUACCUGGGCAACUCGCUGAUGGCCCCUGUGGGCCGCUGGCAGAAGGGCCGCGACCUCACCUGGUACGCCAAGGGUCGGGCGGACGGCGCGGGACUGAGCCGGGAGGAGGAGCUGGCGGCCGUGAGGCAGGCAGAGCAGGAGGCGCUCAUGGCGGCGCUAGGUUACAAGAACGUGCGGAAGCAGCCCACCGGCCUGAGCAAGGAGGACUUUGUCGAGGUGUGUAAGCGGGAAGGAGGGGACCACGAGGAGAAGGGAGUGGACCGGCUGCUGGGCCUGGGGAGCUCCAGUGGCUCCGCAGGCCGAGUGGCGUUGUCCCGAGAAGACAAGGAGGCCGCCAAGCUGGGGCUCUCCGUGUUCACGCACCAUCGCGUGGACAGUGGCCGGCUGGCGUCCUCUCCGGCCUCCUCCAGGAAGAAGCCUAGGUCUGAGGACGAGAAGGCGGAGCCGGGCCCCGAGGGCCACAGGAAAAGCAGAAAAGAGAAAAAAAAGAAGAAAAAGAAGAAGCACAAGAAAGAGAAGAAGAAAGAGAAGGCACACAGGAGCAGGGGGACUUCCCCACUGCCCCCAGCUCCUGCUGGGCCCGGGCGUCGCAGGCGCGACUCGGACUCCAGCUCCUCCUCACCCAGCUGUAAGAGGCGGCGGCGUGGCCACCACAGUGACUGAAGCCAGACCUGCUGACAGUUUCCAGCCUCCAGCAGACCCCCUCCCCGCCCCCCCUGCAGGGGCCCUGGCCCCAGAGACAGCCCCUGGCGGGAGGGCAGGGGGCAUAGCCUGGGGAGCCCCCGUGCGGCUUUGGGGUGGCCAAGUACAGCUACUUCUAUUUUUCUUUAAUUCACUCUUUGUACUUAAAUAAAGUUAUUUUAAGGGG